CCCUCAUCAGUCCGAUCGACAGUGCAACCACACCAGACACCCCACCCAAGUCAAAAGAUCUGAACGAUGAUGGCCAGCAAACAGGGUGGAGUCAAACUGAUCACUGGUAACAGUCAUCCUCAACUCGCACAGGCCGUUGCCCAAAGAAUGGGCAUCUCCUUAUGCGGUUGUAAGGUCAAGAAAUUCUCCGACGGCGAAACUUCGGUCGCAAUCGAUGAAUCUGUGAGAGAAGAGGAUGUCUUCAUCAUUCAAACCGGUUUCAACCCUGGAGCUGGACCGGGAAGUCCAUCGGAUCCAAACGAUCUACUGAUGGAACUGUUGAUCUUAAUUUCGGCAUGUAAGACAGCCUCAGCGAAGCGGAUCACCGCAGUGAUCCCAUGUUUCCCGUAUUCAAGGAUGGACAGGAAAGACCGAUCCCGGGCGCCGAUCACGGCCAAGCUAGUGGCCAACAUGCUCCAAGCAGCCGGCUGCGACCAUGUCAUCACCAUCGACCUGCACGCCUCGCAGAUCCAGGGCUUCUUCGAUAUCCCCGUCGAUAACCUUUGGAUGGAACCCAUCAUGGCCAAAUGGAUCAGAGCUAACGUCGAGGAUUGGAAGAAUAGCAUCAUCGUCUCGCCCGACGCCGGGGGUGCUAAACGUGCGACGGCUUUGGCGGAUAAAUUGGAUGUAGAUUUCGCGUUGAUCAACCGUAAACGAGCCCGGAAGGCCGGGGUACUUCGCCAGUCGAUGAGUGGCCCGAACGGGCCGAUGGAGCAUUCCGAGCAAGUCGAGGAGAAGAUGGAAAUCCUGGUCGGAGAUGUCCGAGGAAAAAACGCGAUCUUACUCGACGACAUGAUCGAUACCGGGGAGACUCUGACUCUGGCUGCUAAAGAGCUCGACCAAGCUGGGGCCAAGGCGGUCUAUGCUAUCGUCUCUCACGGACUGUUGUCUGGUGAUGCGGUCUCCAAAUUAGCCCAUCUACCCGUCCUCAAAUUGGUCGUCACUACUACCAUCGACCAACGCUCUCACAUCUCCGAAUCGGCUGGGAAGCUGGAGACGAUGGACAUCAGUCCGGUGUUGGCUGAAAGUAUCCGACGAACUCAUAAUGGAGAAAGUAUCUCGAUGCUCUUUUCUAAUCCCUCUUGAGCUCGACCCUCUUUUUGUCUCCUAUCUUCCUCCUUCAUCAAUACCACCGUUACCUCCACCUUUGUCCCUUUCUCAUCCUUUUCAAAAGGUAACUUCAUGGAUCCAUGAUCAUAUGAUAUAGCAAGAUAACAUCCAUUCUAUAGCAUUUUUAUCCCAUUCUCAUUUAUUUUUUUAGCCUGAUUUAUCAUCCAUAAGCACCCACAUACUCACAUAAACAUAAAUAUAUAUAUAGUUUUUUUUUUUGGUUCUUGUUACAUAUAUAUAUAUAGAUAGAUCAUAUUACCUCUUUCUGUCCCUCAAACCAAACAACAACAAGCACCAACCAGAAAAGCAAUUGCAUGAACCUCCCUUAUACAACCUUUUCUUUUUUUUUUCUUCUCUUUUUUUGGUCGAUCUUUAUAUAGAACGAUGACAGCAGCUUAUUUUUUUUUACAGAACAAGAAAACUCAAAAGAUAAUUUGCUUCGAGAUAAAGAUGUAUGACGCAUGUGUGUC